UCUAAAUCUACCACUGGCUAUAUAAAACGGCUAUAAUGUUCUAAAUAUUGCUGCGUCAUAUAUUCCUCAGCAUUCUUGAAAAGUGUCUUGACACACAGACGGGACAACCAAGUGUUUUAUUCUACAAUUUUAUAAUCACUUUCCUAGGACCGGCUUCAUAUUUUCAUGAUACGCUACGUCUAUCUUUCCACUACUCUGAGUACGUAAACAACAUUUUUUCAACAAACAAACGGACAAUCACAGUGUAAUUUAGACAUCAUAGCACUCGUCAAUCAAUCUGCAUUACCAAGGGGUAUAUAAACGGGUAUAACUUGAACUUAACUCAUUAAGUAACAUUUAACUGGUGAUUUAACUAGUUUUAUUCCAACAAGAUGGCUUCAAAGUUAGUACUAUGGAUGGUUUUGUCGUGUUUAGUACUGGGUGCGUUUGGGAUGGACGCUGAAAUGGCUGAACUAGCCAAAAUGUUGAGAGAGAGCUGCGUUGACGAAACCGGAGUUGACGUGGGAUUGAUUGAUAAGGUCAACGCUGGAGCCGACCUGAUGCAAGACAACAAACUCAAAUGUUACAUUAAGUGUGUGAUGGAGACGGCAGGGAUGAUGUCCGGUGGAGAUGUGGACGUGGAAGCUGUGAUAGCGGUGCUGCCAGAGGAGCUGAAGAAGCAUGCCAACACCAUGAGGAGCUGUGGCACUCAGAAGGGAACAGAUGACUGUGAUACAGCCUUCAAGACUCAGGAAUGUUGGCAGAAGGGCAACAAACAGGACUUCUUUCUAAUAUAACUUUAGCAAUACAUAUUAUGUGUAUGUAUAUAUUAAAAAUAAACUCUUUACUUCAAGAGGAUAUUUUGUCAAUUAUUUAAAUGUAAUGAAAAGCUCAAUAGCUCAACGGUAA